GACUUUUGGCCUUGAGUGCUAGUUUGGGAACAAAAACUUGAUUUAGUGCUAUUUUGGUCUUUUUCUCAUUUUUUAUUUUGAAAAUUUUAAGUUUUUUUAAUUUUUUAAAUUAGAAAUCAUUUCCCCAAAACCCCACUCCUUAACUCUAAACAAAAAGGUCUAGGAUUAGUUAACUCAAGGGGUAAAAAUAAAUAAUUUAUAAAACAUUUAAGUGCUAUUUUGAUCAUUUUUAUUCUUAAGUGCUAUAUUUAUGAUAAAAACUUUUUUAGUGCUAUCCUAAUCAUUUUUUUUUUUUGACUUUUUAUUGUAUACGGCCAAUACAAUUAAUCAAGUAAUCAUAUAGGAGAAAUUGAAAAACUAAUUAUAUCUUGAGGAUCAUCUAAUAUUUGUUUUGAUAAUACAUCAGCUGCUCAUUUUUUUCUCGGUUGACCGAACUUAAAGAACACUCCGAUAAUAAAGACAUCCAAUGCUGUAUAUCAUGGAGCACAUUUCCAAGUUGAACAUGUUGAAGUACCACACGAUUGACUAUGCGAUGGAGUUGAAGACUAUCUCCUCCAGACUUAUUGCAUUGCAAAUAGAAAAUCCAAAGCUUCUCCUUGUAAUGCAGAUAGUACAUUAUGAAUCCUAACCAUACCAGCACACAUAAAUAAUCCAUUCUCAUUUCUAACAAUCAAUCUAACACCAGCAAUACCAAUUUCUUUUCUGAAACUACAAUCGAAAUUAUACUUAAAGCAUUCCAGGGAAGGAGUUUCCCAAGUAGAAGGCUUUAUGGCAUUUCCCAAUUUUGAUCUAGUACUGACAUAAAAUGAGAUCCACUUAUUAUUGGUUUCAACUGCUAUAAAGAUAUCCUCCAUUAGAUGAAUAUUUCUUAUAGCAAACAGAAUUUCAUUCCUAGAUUUCCAAAUAUACUGUAACACCAAAAAAAAUAGCUUAGCGAUCCUAGUUGAAAUGUAUGUACUAUUCAUAAGAGAAAAAUAGAGCUGAUAUAUUUUCUUCUAGGUCCUGAGAUUGAAAAUUCAAGAAUGGUAAACAUGAACAUCUCCAAGUGGUUUGCGCAUGAGGGCAAAUAAAGAGAACAUGAUUAAUAGUCUCCUCUUCCACACAACAUCUCUGACAAGUAGGAUCCGUAUUGAUUCCUCUUAAGCAAAGUUGCACAUAUGUAGGCAUGGCACCAUAAAUAGCUUUCUAUAGGAAAUGUUGAAUCUUAGGAAGGAUUUCUACUUCCAAAUCUGUGCUUUUAGUACUAAGGAUCCAUCUGGAGCUAUAAUUUUUCUUCUACAAAGUCAUGAGUAACUGUCCAAUAGCCUGAUUUAACAGUAUAAUCCAAAUUUGUAGUGUAAGGCCAAAUAUACUGAUCACAUUUAUUAUGUUUUGAUAACCUGAUAGCUUUUAUCAGCUCAACCUCUUCAAAUAGCAGGAACACAUUCAACUUAUCCUCUUUCCAAGUUGCAGUAGCACUAUCAAUGGACUCUGACACCUUUAUGUUUUGAUAAAUACAAGGGGACACCAAACUCUUAAGAGGAGUAACGGAAUCCAACAAUCCUCCAAAACUCGUAUAUUACACUCAUCCCCUACUUGCAUAAGUAAACCCAUCUUUAAAAUAUUUUUACACUUUUGAAUGGAUUUCCAUCCAGACGAAGAACUAGUUGAACUUGUCGACGAGUUAUAGUAUCUUCCUUUAUACACUCUUGCAAACGAUGAAUCAGGAUUCUACAUAAUCUUCCAGGCCUGCUUAGCUAGAAUAGCCACAUUAAACGCUCUCAAAUCACGAAAAUCCAUAUCUCUUUUUUUAAGUAAACACAUUUUAUUUCAUGAUAUCCAAGAUAUUUUCCUUUUGCCUUCAUUCUGACCCCACCAGAAUCCAAAUAAGAGAGAGAGUUGACUUCAUCACACACUGUUUUUUAGAGUAGAAAACAACUCAUGGGAUAAACCAGAUUUGCUUGAAGAACAAAUUUUAUCAAUAUCUCCUGGCCAGCUGGAGAUAAAUAUUGAUUAUACCAUAGCUAUAUUUGAUUCUUUACACUCUGAACAACUCCCUGAAAAUCAGAAACUUUACUACGACUGAACUGUUCUGGUAAACCCAUAUAUCUUCCACCUCCUCCAAUUGUAUAUAUCUUCAAAAUUUGAUGGACCUGAGAACGAACAUCUUGUUGAAUCCGUUUACCAAAUAUGAUCGAUGACUUAUCAUAGUUCACCUUCUGUCCUGAUAUCUUUUCAUAUUGAUCAAAUAUUGACGCCAAACAAUUGACAUCCUCCAACGUUGCAUGACAUGAGAAUAAUGAAUCAUCAGCAAAAAAAAAGAUGUGAAACUCUUGGACACCUUCUUGCCAAUCUCAUACCUUGCAUCUGAUUAGCAAUCUGAGCCAGAUCAAGCAUUUGACUAAGCACUUCCACACAGAAGAAAUAGAUAUGGAGACAUAGAAUCACCCUGGCGCAGACCUCGUGAAGGCUUAAUUUUUCCAUACGGUAGACCAUCAAAACUGAAUUAGAAACAGACUGAACACAUUCCAUUGUUAACGCCACCCAUCAAGAAUCAAAUCCUAGCUGAGUCAUUGUAGCUUCCAAAAAAAACCAUUCUACAUGAUCAUAAGCCUUGCUUAUAUCAGUUUUGACUGCUACAUAUUGGUACGAGCAAUCAAUUUUAGAAUACAAAGCUGACACUAAUUCAUGGAGCACCAAAAUGUUAUCAGAUAUUUGAGGAACGAAAGAAGCUUGAGAUUUUGAAAUAAUACCAGCUAAACAUUGCUGAAGACGUUGGCACAUAAUCUUUGAGAUCAACUUGUAUGCCACUGAACAUAGACUAAUAGGACGGUAAUUGCUCAUAUAUGACGCCCCCGAAAAUUUUGGAAUCAAACAAAUAUGAGUACGAUUGAUACUUUCUUCCAUAAUUCAUGUUGCAAAAAUCUUCUAACCAUCCAACAGACAUCAGAUGCAAUAGUAUCCCAACACUGAUGAUAAAAGGAGGCUGUAAACCCAUAUGGACCCGGUGCUCGUUCAGAUCCAAUCAUAAAAUUGUAUUCUUUAUCUCAUCAUCAGCCACUUCUUUCAGUAUAUUCAUCUUAGGAGUAACUUUUUAUUGAAUAUGAGGAAGAACAUCAUUACCUUGCAUCAUAUUUGAAGUACAAAACAUAGUAACAAAAUAAUCUUCAGCUAUUUGAGAUUUCGCUUCAUCUUUAAUAUGCAUAAUCCCAUUGAUAUCAUGCAUUCUUUUGAUAUUAUUCCUACUUCUUCUGGCUUUAGUAACCCCAUGAUAGAACCGAGAGUUACGAUCUCCCAGAUUGAACCACUUAUUAUGACUCUUCAAUCUCCAGAACUUCUCCUCAUCACAAUAAGCUUUAUUCAAAUCUCUACGGUACUCAUUAACCACUUCUAUAGAUACAACACUGUCUCUUAAGGCUUCAUCAAUCUAUCUCUACUUUCUUGAAUCUGAACUGAAGAUUUGGCGCGAUUCAUUCGUUUCCAUCUAACCAUUUCACCACGGCAAUAAUCAAGUUUUUUUAUUCCAGUCUUCCAUAAUCUGAGUCUGAUUCUAGGCAGAUGAAAUAGUAUCAACAAAAUCUCUUUUCUCAACCAAAUGUUUAUCAUACCGAAACCAUCCCUUACGUGCUCUCUGCAUAUAAUCAAUAGUAAUGAUCAUAAGUCUGUGAUCCGAUUCAUCCAUCUCUAAAAACUCAGUCUCAGUAACUAGAAAUUGUCUUCGCCAUUCUAAAUUGACCACCCGAUCUACACAACACUACACAAUCUCUCUUCUCCUUCUUCCUACCCAUAUGAAUGGGUUACCUUUAAAAGGAACAUCUUUAAUAUCACAUGCUUUUAAUUUUAUGAUUGGAUCUGAACGGGUUACACUACACAACCUCUUCUCCUUCUUCCUACCAAUAUGGAUGGGUUACCCAAUAUUAUUGAAGUUUAUACAACUACUAACUUGCCUUAUAUGACCACAUUUCUUCUCCGAAGGAUCAACUAUUAUAUUACACUCACCACAAAUCAUCCAAGGUCCUGAUCUGUUGACGGCUAUAUGUUUGAGCCUUUCCCACAGCUGAUUCCUAAACUUAGGAAGAGAUGAUCAUAUAGAUAUGAGAACUAAUACUUCAAGGAUUUAUAUUGAACAGUCAAAUCAACAAGUAUGAAAUUACUGGAAAUACAUGAAACAUAAAUAGAAGAUUUCCAAAAUACAGCUAAACCACCACUAAAACCAUAUGGAAGAACUAAAACCAUCUGCUCAAACCCCAAAUAGACACCAAUAUCGCGAACAUAAUCAUUUUUCUGCUUGCUUUCAAUGAGGAACAACAAGUCAGGGAAAUAUAGCCUUUGCAUUUCUUUAAGACGUCGAACUGUGAGGUGUUGGUCCUAAGCCCCGACAGUUCCAAACCUUGACUCUCAUUGAAUGGGUGGUGGAAUCGGGUCCACCGCGCCUUUGUCUAUUGGGUUAGUAGCUCCUGAAAUAAGCUCUUCCUCUCCAUAAUCCUCACUGAUCUUCUGAAGAGCAUAAAACUCUGACGAUAUGAUCUCUUUUCCAACUUGAUAUUUAUCCACCACCAUAUUUUAUGGUCUUGACCACUUCAGAGCAGAGGAGUUACCAGGAUACACAAUCUGAGACACAUCAAGUUCUUCAACCAGGGAUAGAAAAAGAUUAUUAAUGCCUAUGAAGGAAACAUACUGGCCAAAAAUUGAACCAGCACCACGAUGUUCCUCUAUUUCCAGGAUAAUAUGAUCGUCAUCAUCAUCCUUAUCCUCUUCAACUUGACCUUCCAUAUCCAAAGGAGAAACUUGAGAGGAAGAUCCAGCCAUGAUAUUCUCAAUGAAAUUAUACUUCCGCAGCGUUCGCUCUGAUCCCAUUCUUCUAUCAAAUUUCGUAUGUACUUCAGCCAUCGGAGCGAGACGCCAGAACUGUUCUUUCGAGGAGAAAUCACCAAGCACCCGAGGAGUAAAAGGAGCAUCAGAAGCCUUACCACGACUGACUCUUGAUGAUAUUUUUCAGAGGAUCCUACACGCUUUCUCUUUAAAUCUUUGUCACUUUGUUCCUGAAAAUUAUCAUCACUAGGAGCCUCACCCAAAUAGCCUUCAGUAUUAGCAUCACCAGCAUUUUCAUGAGGAUCCGAACCAACAUCAUCAUCACCAUCUGCAUCAUCACCAUCAUCAUCAUUGUCAUCAUCUGAUGCCGCCGGAAGCUGAUCAUCAUCAAAUCCUAAGGGACAAUCAUGUCGCUCAUGUGAUAGGUGACCACACGCUUGAAAAAAACUUCGAAGCCUCUUAUACUUGAAGGAGAGUAGGGUAUUGACAUCUGCAGAGAACUGAAAAUUGCGCUGAAAUCGAAGAGGAUUAUCACCAUUCCAUAGUAACUGGACCCGCACAAAAUCAACUCUUGUAUAGUUUUCAUCAAAAUCCACAUAAAAUACCGGAGCCAAAAUUUCUCCUACAUACUCAAUCAUCGGAUGAGUAAGGAAUUGAAGAGUAAUACCACGAAUUUAAACACAUAACGGAAUAAUCUUGAGUUCUUCACUAUCAAUAUUUGGAUACCAACGAUGAACAAAGACCAUCCAUUCCGCAAAGGACCAAGGGGAACGACGAAGGACAGAAAGCAUCGCCUCCUCAGAUUGGAAUAUAAAUUGGAUAUGAUUUGCUGCAAUGAUACAACCGACAACUGAAUCCACGCCCCAAACACGAGGAAAUUGAUUGAUCAUAGCACGAUGAUUCUGUUUUCUUGGGUUAAUGGGAACAACCACCAACGAGAAUCGAUUGAUAGUAGCUGCUUGAACGCCCACAGAAGGAGUAAGAGCCACCGGUUCAUCUUCAAUGCCAAGACUGAUAUUUUGCAUUUUUUACUUAUAUUUUCUGCCAUUGGUAAGAAUAUGUGAUAUGAUCCAGCCAAAAUGAUUGAAAUCCUUAAAUAGAAGGAAGGCCAAGGUGGUUUCAUUUGAAUAAUUUCGUAGUUGAGAGUGAACCACAUACUGAAACCACCAAAGAUCAUGCUUAGUGGAGAAAAACCGACGCAUCAUGUCCUAGAAACAGGAAAACCGGCUGGACAACCGCUCGUAGAGAGAGAAAAGAAACUGUCGCAGAAAAUAGUCCAAAUUGUCGCCAUUUCGCUAUAAAUAUUAUUUUUCUUUUCUAUUAAGUUUAAAUCAGUCCGAAGUCAAUGAGAAAAAAAUUAUCACAUUUAAUGUUUUUUUUUUCAUUUCACAAGGGGUGUUCUUUUAUUUUUUUUAUUUUACAAAAUAAAUUAUACAAUAAUUUGUAAUGUUAUUAGUUAUUAGUAUUUUACAAUUACUACAUGCUGUUUAUGUUUUUAAAUCUUUUUUUUUGUCGAAAUGUAUUUAAAUCUGUUAAAUUAUCAUUUUUAUUAGUAUAUGUUUUUUUACUUGUGGUUGUAUUUAUUUUGCAUAAAUAUUUAUUGGUAGUAUUUUUAGCCAAUUUUAACUAAAUAGUUUUAUGAUGUUUCUUAGAAAAAAAUAUUUUUGUUAAUUUUGUCGACGCGCAUCCACCUGGUAUAAAAUACAUUCAACCGCAGUUUGAAUUUUCAAAUCGCCUACAAUUAAACAUGGCGGCGUCUGCGGGUAAUGAUUAUGUUUACCAACUCUAUAUGUAUAUGGCAGCGGUGGACCUAAAGAUAUCAAUACAGGCCGUGGUCUACGGGUUGAGCCAAUAAAGAUGCGCAAAGGAGUAGUUUUGGACAUAUAAAUUCAUAAACUGGCGGGUCUGACCCAUGAGGUUUGUGGGUGGGCAGUUCAAACCCGGCCAUGGGUUAGUGGGUUGACCGCAAAACAUAGAGUUUCUUCAUAUCGCUGUUGAGAUUAAAAUCUUACGAUUCCAUGAAGAUGUGGCUGUUCAAUUUCACUAUGGUUUUCUAUUUGAAUCUUGAUCUGAAUCUGUCUAUGGUUCCGUCGUUAUUGUUCACUACAUUUUUUUUGUAACCUCUCAUCAGCGGUACCGGCCCAAAGUUUUGUUGGACUGGAAGCACAACCAAAUUUUUUUUGCCAAUAUAAAUGAAAAUAGUAAAUGUACAACCUGGAUAGUGAACACAUAACCUCUUAUUUGUAAGAAGAUUAGCGUUUUUCCGCUGGAUUAAGUGAAAAUUGAGUUCUAAAUUGGCCGAAAAUAUUUGUAAGCUUCCAACUGUCGGAUUCCCAUGUUCCUUUGCUUUCUUCCAUGGUCGGCAAUGUCAUCAGUUUUUAUCUACGAAUUUUUUGCAUUAUAGUAACUGUAGAUUGUAAUACUUGUCACUCCCUUAAAAUUAAAAGAUUAACAUGUCAAGAACCAAAAAAACGUUUCAUAGAAAAUCAAAUGGUUAGUAUUUUCAAUUCCCAAGUUACAGAUUUUAAUCCUUGGUGGUUAGUAUUUUCAUUUCUUUAAUGUUUCGAAACUUUCUUAUAGUCAUCUUCAUUUACCUUAUAGUAUGGAGGUUUUAAUUUUCAUUAAGGGUAUAAAUGAAAUUUCUUACUUCGUUCAGUAUUAAUUUAUUUUUCUACCAUAUUUAUAACUCUUAUUUUCUUAGAUUUUCUUUUGGUAAAAAAUGGUAAAAUAAAAAAGUGUUUUCACUUAUUUGCUGAAAAACUUUUGCAUUUGUUAAAUAGUUCCUCUCAAUGCAUAUCGAAUCCGAGCAGCAGAAGGUUACUAGCAUUCCCUUUACCACUGGGUCAUCUCGAUAUUAUUUAUAUUAUUUUCUUAGAUGUUUAUAUAUUUAUUUAUUCAUUAAUUUCUCAAAAAUUUGUCAAAUUUAUACUAUAUGACAAUAUUAAAUGUAUUUUCAAUUAUGUUUUGAAAAUGUUUAUAAACUUUUAUUGAAUGCAAACUAAACCAACUAACUCUGUUUAAAUUCAGUUAAAGUUUUAUCAAAACUGAGUUAAUCUAACCGAACUAAAUCGGAACCUAACCCAAAGUUGAAAGGUAAUGCACACUAUAACCAUAACAUAUAAUCACAGGCAUCAUCUAAUACGAAAAAAGAAAGUUCGUUCAUUAAUUAUCGAUUACGAAUUUUCGGAAAUUUAGAUGUUAUCUACUUCAUGCAUUGACUUUGACUGGAGGAAUAAAAAGAAAAUAAGUUACAUCAUUAGCAUCACUAAAGAAUUGACUAACCAACAAUUCAGUCCCCAUGAUCAGACAAUUAAUUCAAGUCACACGGUAAUCCCUUUCAAUUAAUGAUUGCACCCUUUGGAACUCGCAACUCCCAUUACAUUGCACACAAUUCCCUGUGGACAUUAAUUUUUGUUUCUUUACAGAGACUAUAUAUGCCUUCGUCAACACAGUCUCCUUUGUGUACUUUCUUCUAAUCUAAUCUGCUCUGUUUCUACUAGUUACUAUCUUGAAAUGGAUCCUAACUCUCUUCAACCACUCGAUUCUAUGAAAAUCGAAAACCAAUAUGAACCAGAUUCGUUGUUCGACAUGCUAGAAAAGUUGCCUCCGCUAGAGUCUCUGCUAGAUACCGAGUAUCUAAGACCAGAUCCAGGGUUGCAUUUUGAGUAUCAGUACAAUAGCUUUGAAGAUUUCUUCGAGAACAUUGAAGUGAAUAACACAAUAUCAUCUGAUAUUCUCAUGUUAACUCAAGAACCUUACUUCUCAAGUGACUCCUCUUCACCAUUGGUUGUCCAAAACAACCACUGUCCAAGUACCAACGAGAGACGUGAAAAGAAAGCCCCAAAGAAGAGGAACACUAGGGCAAAGAGACAGGACAAGUUGGAGUUGUCCGAGAUCAGAAAGUACUUUGAUAGACCAAUAAUGAAAGCGGCAAAAGAACUUAACGUUGGUCUUACGGUAUUGAAGAAGCGUUGCAGAGAACUUGAAAUUUACCGGUGGCCUCACCGGAAGCUCAAGAGUCUCAACUCUCUCAUUAGUAAUCUCAAGGGUGUUGGCAUGGAUGAAGAAGUGAAGAAUUUGGAGGAACAUAGGGUUCUUAUAGAGCAAGAACCUGAUGCUGAGCUUACUGAUGGGACAAAGAAGCUGAGGCAAGCUUGUUUCAAAGCCAAGUACAAGAGAAAGAAAUCACUUGCCAAUGAUGGUUACUAUUGAGCCUGUUUUAGAGUUUAAUUUCUCCACAAUUCUAAUUCAUGUUUUCAUUUUAUUUAGACUGGUGUUUUUUUCUUUUAGUGACCCAGUUGGUCAAAUCUAGGAAAUCUAGGGUUUUUUUGGGUCAGAAGAAUAUCUAGGGAUCGGAUCAUUCUUUUGGUAAUUAGAGCCAUUUACAUGAUGAACUAAAACGCGUUUAUCAAUUAUUUUGUUGAAUGAAAUUAAGUUCGGUGAGUUGAAUAAAUUACAAUUUUUUUUUGAAACACUUUUUUUUUAAACACUUUUUUUUUGAAACACUAAAUAAUAAAUUACAAUCAAAUUUACAACGAAUAAAAGUCCAUUAUAGACAAAGAUAUCUAAAUAAAUUUUACCGAGAAAAAGAUAUAGAAAUAAACUUCUUUAUAAAUAUAUAUCAAUAUAUAAAAUAAAACUUCAUUACACCUUUUUCAGAGGUGAUAUGCUGG